AGCCUCCUCCACAUCAAUCCCCCCAUCUCAUUCUAACGGCAAGAUGACGGCGGGCGGGAAGCGUGUGACGGCGUACGCGAAAUCGACGGUGGUUUCGACGACGCCGGUCCGGCCGGGGAAGACGUACCCGUUGUCGGUCUUAGACCACGCGAUGGAGCGGCAUUCGCUGCACAUAGUGUUCUAUUACCGGUCCGGUUCGAGAUUGGACCGGGCGAUGUUGAAGGAGUCGAUGUCGGAGCUGCUGUGGUAUUUUCCGGUGACCGCCGGUAGGAUGAACCGGGAAGAAGGAGGGAAGGAAUGGGUGGUGAAGUGUAACGAUGCCGGAGUGAGGGUGGUGGAUGCGAGGGCGGAUGCGACGUUGGAUGAAUGGAUUGCGACGGCCACGGCGGCGGAGGAGAGGGAGCUGGUCCACUGGGAGCCCAUGGGGAAUGAGCCCUAUAUCUGGUCUCCUUUCUAUGUUCAGAUAACAGAGUUCAAGGACAAAGGAUACUCCAUCGGCCUCAGCUGCACUCACAUCCACUCCGAUCCCACCUGCGCCACUCUUCUCAUCAAAGCGUGGUCCGACUGCCACCGCCGCGCCUCCAUAUCCAACCCCCCCUUCUUCCACCCACCCCUCCUCCCCCUUCCUCUCCCUCAAAUCCUCCUCCCUCUCUAAACACCCCCGCCCCUUUUCCGCCGCCACUUUCCGUUUCUCCGCCGCCGCCGUCCGCUCCCUCCUCGCUGACCUCCCCCCUGACUCCACCCCCUUUGCCUCCCUCGCCGCCCUCUUCUUCAUCUCCAUCUCCCGCGCCGCCAACUCAACAUCUCCGACCUCGCCCUCCUCCCUCACCCUCAUCACCGAUUUUCGAAAGCGAAUGUACGCUCCCCUGCCCCACGGUUUCUACGGCAACGCCGCCCAUUUCUCCUCCGUCCAACUGGACCUCGAUUCCGGCUUGUCCUCCGUGGCCAACUCCAUUGAAAAACACGUCGCCGGUUUGGAGGAGGAGGAGUACUGGUCGGCGAUCGAGUGGCUCGCGGAGCGCCAGGCGGGCGGCUGCGGAGCGUUCCAGAUGUACGGUCCGGAGCUUACUUGCGUGAAACUGGAUCACGUGAUGGCUUAUGCGGCGGAGAUGGAGGAGGGGGUUGGGCCGGCGCAUUUGUCGUGUUGGAUCGAGGGGGCGGAGGGGGAUGGGGUUAUUACUGUGCUUCCUGCCGCGGAAAAUGGGGAGGCGCGGACGGUGGAGGUGGUGCUGCCGGCUGAGGUGGCAGAGAAGGUUUUUAAAGACGAGCAGAUUCUGCUGCGCGGGCCCAACGUUAUCUUCUCCGGGAGGAUUUAGGGGGAUCGGGUUGAAUGAAUAAUUAAUUAAUUGCUCGGACUUAAAAAAGUUGUGGGAAAUAAAAAAGCCUGGUUGUAAUAUUCUGAGCAAUUUAUAUCUAUAUUUCUUUUAUGGGA